AGUGGGUGGGGCCUGGAGGCAACUAAAGCGGCAUAGGGCGAGGGCGGGGCCGGCAGGCCGGGGCGGGGCUGGGGAAGUAGUCGGGCGGGGUUGUGAGACGCCGCGCUCAGCUACCAUCGCUGGGCGGUCAACAAGUGCGGGCCUGGCUGAGCGCGGCGGGGCGCGGAGACCGGGAGGCGACCGGGAGCGGCUGGGUUCCCGGCUGCGCGCCCUUCGGCCAGGCCGGGAGCCGCGCCAGUCGGAGCCCCCGGCCCAGCGUGGCCCGCCUCCUUCUCGGCGUCCACCUGUCCGGGGUACUGCCAGCGGGCAUGACCGACCCACUAGGGGCGCCGCCGCCGGCGCUCGCAGGCCGCGGAUGAAGAAGAAAACCCGGCGCCGCUCAACCCGGAGCGAGGAGUUGACCCUGAGUGAGGAAGGGACCCGGAGUGAAGAGGAGAUGAAUCAGAGCCAGGAGGUGACCCGGGACGAGGAGGUGACCAGGGAGGAAAUGGCGGCAGCUGGGCUCACCGUGACUGUCACCCACAGCAAUGAGAAGCACGACCUUCAUGUUACCCCACAGCAGGGCAGCAGUGAACCAGUUGUCCAAGACCUGGCCCAGGUUGUUGAAGAGGUCAUAGGGGUUCCACAGUCUUUUCAGAAACUCAUAUUUAAGGGAAAAUCUCUGAAGGAAAUGGAAACACCGUUGUCAGCACUUGGAAUACAAGAUGGUUGCCGGGUCAUGUUAAUUGGGAAAAAGAACAGUCCACAGGAGGAGGUUGAACUAAAGAAGUUGAAACAUUUGGAGAAGUCUGUGGAGAAGGUAGCUGACCAGCUGGAAGAGUUGAAUAAAGAGCUUACUGGAAUCCAGCAGGGUUUUCUGCCCAAGGAUUUGCAAGCUGAAGCUCUCUGCAAACUUGAUAGGAGAGUAAAAGCCACAAUAGAGCAGUUUAUGAAGAUCUUGGAGGAGAUUGACACACUGAUCCUGCCAGAAAAUUUCACAGACAGUAGAUUGAAAAGGAAAGGCUUGGUAAAAAAGGUUCAGGCAUUCCUAGCCGAGUGUGACACAGUGGAGCAGAACAUCUGCCAGGAGACCGAGCGGCUGCAGUCUACAAACUUUGCCCUGGCCGAGUGAGGUGUGGCAGAAAAAGGCUGUGCUGCCCUGAAGAAUGGUGCCACCAGCUCUGCCGUCUCUGGAGCGGAAUUUACCUGAUUUCUUCAGGGCUGCUGGGAGCAACUGGCCAUUUGCCAAUUUUCCUACUCUCACACCGGUUCUCAAUGAAAAAUAGUGUCUUUGUGAUUUUGAGUAAAGCUCCUAUCUGUUUUCUC